CGGCCGCCUCAUACCACACCACCAAGCGCCGCCCAACAUGCUGUCGCUGUACGAUGCCUCCAUUCCGACGAUGAUCGCGUACAUCGGCAGCCUCAAGGAGAUCCUGCACAAGGCCGAGGAGUUCAGCCAGGAGCGCGGCACCAGCCCGGACUCGUGGCUCGCGGCGCGGCUGCACGUCACCAUGUUUCCGCUCGUCUUUCAGGUGCAGAUGGUCACCAAUUCUGCCAAGCUGCUGGCGAAGCGCGUCGGCGGCGUCGAGACGGAGUACCAGGAGGACAACGAGAAGACGAUGGCGGAGCUGCUGGCACGGCUCGACAAGACGAUUGCCAUCCUCGAGGCCGUCAAGAAGGACUGGAUGGACGGCGACCACGCGCGUCCGAUCCAUGUGCGCACGCCGCUCACCAGCUUCACGCUCAGUGCGCAGGAGUACACACUCCAGUACGGCGUCCCGAACUUCUUCUUCCAUCUCGUCACGACGUACAACAUCCUCCGCGCCCAGGGCGUCCAGGUCGGCAAGAUGGACUAUGCAUGCUUCGAGACGGAUCCGUCCGGGCGCCUGCCCGAGGGACAGAUGCAUGACUGAGACCAGACGGACGAGCUGGCCCCGCCUCGCGACUGAAGGAACGUUCAGGCCCAGCUGCUCGCCACGCAAUGCACAGACGAAUACCUCGG